AUGGGAGAAAUGGGAGGGAUCCCAUUGGGAGUCAUAGGGGCUCUGUUCCUAUCAGUUGCCUCUUCAGUCUCCAUUGUCAUCUGCAACAAAGCUUUGAUGAGCAAUCUCGGCUUCCCUUUUGCUACGACACUGACGAGUUGGCACCUGGUGGUGACAUUCUGCACACUCCAUGUGGCUCACCGGUUCAACCUGUUCGAGUCGAAGUCGGUCGACAUGAAAACCGUGAUCCUUUUCGGGCUCGUCAAUGGUAUCUCCAUUGGGUUCCUGAACCUCAGCUUGGGUUUCAACUCCAUUGGCUUCUAUCAGAUGACAAAACUUGCAAUCAUCCCCUUCACUGUCUUACUGGAAACACUCUUCCUCAACAAACACUUCAGCCAAAAGAUCAAGUUUGCUCUCUUCCUAUUGCUUGUUGGAGUUGGGAUUGCCUCUGUGACAGAUAUGCAGCUCAAUUGCCUUGGCACCAUUCUGUCCCUCCUUGCCAUCUUAACAACCUGUGUUGGCCAAAUUCUGACAAACACAAUCCAGAAGAGGCUGAAUGUGUCUUCAACCCAGCUCCUCUAUCAAUCAGCUCCAUUCCAAGCCGCGGUUCUCUUCAUCUCGGGCCCUCUGGUCGACCAGUUCCUCACCAAGAAGAAUGUGUUUGCAUACAAAUACAACCCCUUAGUAGUGACGUUCAUAAUGCUGUCAUGCGUGAUAGCAGUGGCAGUGAACUUCAGCACGUUCAUGGUGCUAGGGAAGACGUCCCCUGUAACGUACCAGGUUCUAGGGCACUUGAAGACGUGCCUCGUCCUGCUUCUGGGGUAUACUCUGUUGCGCGACCCUUUCUCGAUCAGGAACGUCGUUGGGAUCCUCGUGGCCAUGGGUGGGAUGGUGCUGUACUCAUAUUUCUGCACCCAAGAGAGCAAAAAGAAGCAGUCGGAUGACUUGGUGAAGGAGAAGGAGGAUGUGAGGACACCGUUGAUCGUGGGAGUCCAAGAGAAGGAGAAUGGUGAAGGGAAGAAAUUGGCUAAGGACUCUGUUGUGUAG